CUAAUUCUCCCUCCGUGGUUAACCAAAGUGAUUAAGAAAAGGCAGAGGAAGAAGAAGAAGAAGACGAGAGCGCGAGGAGACGACAAUGCCGAGCAAGCUGAAAAAAGCGAUUGGAGCGGUCAAGGAUCAGACGAGCAUCAGCCUCGCGAAAGUCGCCAGCGGAGCUACCGGAGGAGGCGGCGAUCUCACGACUCUCGAGGUAGCGAUUCUCAAGGCGACGAGCCACGACGAGGAGGUCCCAAUCGACGAUCGACUCGUAUCCGAAAUCCUCGGGAUCAUAACCUCGAAGAAAUCGCAUGCCGCCGCUUGCGCCGCCGCGAUCGGUCGCCGUAUCGGGCGGACACGGAACUGGAUCGUCGCGCUCAAAUCCCUAGUCCUCGUCCUCCGGAUUUUCCAAGACGGAGAUCCUUAUUUCCCGCGCGAAGUCCUCCACGCCAUGAAACGAGGCGCCAAAAUCCUCAACCUCUCCAGCUUCCGCGACGAUUCGAACUCGUGCCCUUGGGAUUUCACCGCUUUCGUCCGUACAUUCGCGCUCUACCUCGACGAACGGCUCGAUUGCUUCCUCACCGGGAAAUUACAGAGACGGUACACUAACAACCGGGACCAAACCGGAAGAAUCAGCACCUCCUCCUCCAGAUCCCGGUUUACUCCCAGAACCGCGAAUAAAUCCCACGAACCGGCGGUCCGAGACAUGAAACCGGUAAUGCUCCUGGACAAAAUCACGUAUUGGCAGAGAUUACUAGACAGAGCGAUCGCGACGCGGCCAACGGGAGACGCGAAAUCGAACAAGCUGGUGAAGAUGUCUCUUUACGCCGUCGCGCAAGAGAGUUUCGAUCUCUACAGAGACAUUUCCGACGGAUUAGCUCUACUUCUUGACAGUUUCUUCCAUCUUCAAUACCAAUCCUGCAUCCACGCGUUUCAAGCCUGCGUUCGAGCUUCGAAACAGUUCCAAGAGCUUAACGGAUUCUACGAUCUCUGCAAAUCCAACGGCGUAGGACGAACGUCGGAGUAUCCGAGCGUUCAAAAGAUCUCGCUAGAGCUUCUAGAGACGUUGCAGGAGUUUUUAAAAGAUCAAUCUUCGUUCCCGGCGAGCGCGGGGCUGUAUCCGUCGCCGAAUAGUCUUCUUCCUCCGCCUCAUUCGUCUAAAGAUUCGAGCUCGCUUGAUUUUGGUGAUUCGACGAUUGAUACGUCGGAGAGAUAUUCGGAUUACGGGUCGUUUCGUAGUACUUCAUUGGAGGAUCUGAUGAGCAGGACUGAAGCAGGGACUAGUAGCCCUCCAAUGUCUUGUCACUCCGAGCCUUACGGAGGAGGAAGAGACGAUCGUAAUUUCGACACGGUUUCGACUAAAUCUCUUCCGAACAACCCCUCUGUUUCUGCUUCCAGUCUCACAUUAAACCUGUUGGAUGAUGUUGAUAACACCACGGAAACAAAACAUGUCGAGGACGAGAAGAAGCAGGAAGAUUCAAAGGCGGAAACUUUUGAUCCUUGGGAGGCCUUGAUGUUGAGAGAUGAUCCCAGGAAGAACAUAGAAACGAUUCCCGAAAAACCUUCGACCUCUGAGGAUCACACGGAUUCAGGGAAUUGGUUGCUUGCGCUGGAAGAAACAGCUACGCAAGUUCAGGAUACUAACUCUAUGGCGAUAGUACCGUUCGAAUUAGACAGUCCAGUGCCUGCGUCUCAAGCCGCCAUGGACCAAUACAAUCCAUUCUUGGAAGAACCAGCUGCGCCCUUGGCUGGGCCAGCUGGAGAACCGAUGACCACGUUCAAUGCCUUGGCUGUGACGGAGUUUCAGCCGGAACCUACGUUUCAGGUAGACGUUCCUGAAGAUUUUGAGCCGUCGUCUACGCCAACGUUCAAGGCCACAGGGAUUUUGCCGGUGAACUUUGACCCAUUUGCAACAUUUGAGAGUUUUGGGUUCGGAGAGACAGUUUCAGAAAAUGGAGUGGUACAUCAGCAAUCUGUGUUGCAAGAACAACAGUUAUGGUUGGUGAAUCAAAAGAAGAUCAUAGCUAAGCAUUUGAAUUGAUAUGAUCUUAAUUUGACUCCAGUGAUUGUGAUGUUUCCUUGGUAUAUUCUUUUGUUACAUUGUAAAAUCUAACUCAUUUUUUCAUAACUAGCUAGGAGAAAAGUUUAAUACUACAACUGUUUGAUUUGAAAUAUA